CAGGCUACAACGUGCAUACGCCACACAACAAAGAGUGGCCUCUCUUGCUCAGAUCGCCGAGACCAUCUUACAAAAAGGUUGGAACCCAGUGGAAAAUGAAGGAGUAAUCGUGGAAGCGACUGUACAGAGGUCUGCUUUAUACCUUGCGGUUUUACAGACAUAUUUUCCCGAGAGACUGUUGACGCAAUUACCCCAUAUCUAGAUGAACAAUGGAACAGCAAACGUACAGAGAUGUGUGCUAUGGGAAGAUGACGUUCAGUUGUGUGGAUUUCGUGCGGCAAAUGGUCCAGUUGGCUGCAAGCGUCAACGCCCAGAAUAAGGAUGGGUGGUCCCCUUUGCACGAUGCAGUUUGGAAAAACAAUGUAGAUAUUGUUCGUUUCCUGCUGGAGAAGGGUGCUGAUGUCAGUGUACAGAAUAAGGAUGGGUGGACCCCUUUGCACAUUGCAGCCGGGAAAAACAGUGUAGAUGUUGUUCGUUUCCUGCUGGAGAAGGGUGUUGAUAUCAGUGUACAGGAUAAGGUUGGGUGGACCCCUUUGCAGUAUGCAGCUAAGGAAAACAAUGUAGAUGUUGUUCGUUUCCUGCUGGAGGAGGGUGCUGAUGUCAAUGCACAGGAUAAGGAUGGGUGGACCCCUUUGCACAUUGCAGCCGGGAAAAACAGUGUAGAUGUUGUUCGUUUCCUGCUGGAGAAGGGUGCUGAUGUCAGUGUACAGGAUAAGGAUGGGUGGACCCCUUUGCACAUUGCAGCUAAGCAAAACAAUGAAGAUGUUGUUCGUUUCCUGCUGGAGAAGGGUGCUGAUGUCAAAGUACAGAACAAGGAUGGAUGGACCCCUUUGCUCUAUACAGCUUGGAAAAACAAUGUAGAUGGUGUUUGUUUGCUGCUGGAGAAGGGUGCUGAUAUCAAUGUACAGGAUGAGGAUGGGCGGACCCCUUUGCACAUUGCAGCUCAGGAAAACAGUGUAGAGGUUGUUAGCUUCCUGCUGGAGAAGGGUGCUGAUGUCAAUGACCAGGAUAAAGAUGGGUGGACCAUUUUGCACUAUGCAGCCAAGGAAAACAAUGUAGAUAUUGUUCGUUUCCUGCUGGAGAAGGGUGCCGAUGUCAAAGUACAGAAUAAAGAUGGAUGGACACCUUUGCACAUUGCAACUCGGGUAAACAAUGUAGAUGUUGUUCGUUUCCUCCUGGAGAGGGGUGCUGAUAUCAAUAUACAGAAUAAGGACGGGAGGACGGCUUUGAGCAUGGCGUCAGCAUUAAACCAUGUGUGCAUUGUUCGUUUGCUGAUACAGAACAAUGAGGACGCCAGUGUACAGGAUAAGAGAGGCCAGAUGUCUUUGCGCAAUGCAGUAAUGAACAGUGAUAUAGAGAGUGUUCGUCUACUGGCGAAGAAAGGAGUCAGUCUCACAGCCCCGGAUCAGGAGGGAGAAACGGCUCUUCAUUGGGCAGUGCGAAAAAAUGAUGUGAAUCUUGUCCGUCAGACUGUGGAUCUGUGUGGAGACAUCAACAUUCAGAAUAAGGAUGGGAAGACCCCUUUGCUAUUAGCAUCGAGGGCAAAUAAUUUGGAUCUUGUUCGUUUGUUGGUAGAGAGGGGGGCUGAUGUCAAUGUACAGAAUGAGGUAUGUGGUGUACAGUGCGAUGAUUUUAACAUCGUUUUAAAUAUUACACUAAAUAAGACCAACACUAAAAUAUUUGUUUUACUUUAGGUUUAUUUCCAGGAAUACAGUCUAAA